UCCACGGAAACACUGCAAGUGUCUACUCCAAGACCUAGGACUUCCGUUUCGGUCCAGCGGGGCUGCGGCCAUUGUUUGUGUGGACUGAGUGUUUUGGCCAUAACGGUCCACUCUCACAGGCUCCGUUAAGUGACGUGAACUCUUGGGAGGACUGAGCCAGAAGCGGACAGGGCAAGACGAGCUGUGUUUGAAGGAAGAGAGGCAGAAAAUCGAGGGUCAGGGACUGAGAAGCGACUCCGGUUUAGAAACCUCGGAGACACCGGUGUAGGAACCUACCUGUGAUCAGCAAGGAAAGACUGGGUUGGCAAAGGCUCAUGCCCCCAUUUUACAGCUCAGCCAUCUCAGCACUACCCUUCCCGAGAAGAGGAACACAAAGGAGGAAGGAAUGUACACUGUUUUCCUCAUAGUCUGAUCCCAGCCUUUCCUGAAUUUGUUUCUCUUCUUAAUUGACUUAUUAGAAAAAUAGAAAGCCUGAUCUUUGACCAGAUGGCAGUAACAUUUGAAGAUGUCACUAUUAUUUUUACUUGGGAGGAGUGGAAAUUCCUGGAUUCUUCUCAAAAAAGGCUCUACAGGGAGGUCAUGUGGGAGAACUACACAAAUGUCAUGUCAGUAGAAAACUGCAAUAAGAGCUACAAAUCCCAAGAAGAAAAAUUCAGAUACUUAGAAUAUGAAAAUUUUUCCUGCUGGCAAGGCUGGUGGAAUGCUGGUGCUCAGAUGUGUGAGAAUCAGAACUAUGGGGAAACUGUUCAAGGGAAAGAUUCCAAAGACUUAACACAGCAAGAUCGCUCCCAGUGUCAGAAAUGGUUAAUACUUUCCACACAAGUACCAGGGUGUGGGAACUAUGAACUGACUUUUGAAAGCAAAAAUCGCAGGAACUUAAAAUAUAAAAAUUUUAUACCUUGGCAGUCCUUAGAAACAAAAACCACCCAAGACUAUGGUAGAGAAAUCUACAUGAGUGGUUCACAUGGUUUUCAAGGGGGCAGAUACCAUCUUGGCAUAUCCAGGAAAAACCUCUCCAUGGAAAAAGAACAGAAGCUCAUAGUUCAGCAUUCUUAUAUCCCAGUGGAGGAAGCCCUUCCACAGUAUGUUAGGGUGAUAUGUCAGAAAGACCUACUGAAAGAUUCAAUGGAAGAAAACUACUGUGGAUGUAAUAAAUGUAAAGAAAUUUAUUGUUGGAACUCACGGUGUAUUUUCCACAAGAGAAAUCAACCUGGAGAAAACCUCUGUCAAUGUUCUAUCCGUAAAGCAUGCUUCUCUCAGAGAUCAGCCUUGUGUAGACAUCCAAGAAUCCACAUAGGUAAGAAGCUGUAUGGAUAUGAUAAAGUUGACAGUAACUUUCAUCAGAGCUCAGGAGUUCACUUUCAUCAGAGAGUUCACAUAGGGGAGGUACCUUACAGCUGUAAUGCAUGUGGUAAGAGCUUCAGCCGGAUCUCUAGUCUUCACAAUCAUCAAAGAGUUCACACAGAAGAGAAAUUCUAUAAAAUUGAGUGUGAUAAAGACCUCAGUAGGAAUUCAUUACUUCACAUUCACCAGAGACUUCACAUAGGAGAGAAGCCUUUUAAGUGCAAUCAGUGUGGUAAGAGUUUUAAUCGGAGUUCAGUACUUCAUGUUCAUCAGAGAGUCCACACAGGAGAAAAACCAUAUAAGUGUGAUGAGUGUGGUAAGGGCUUCAGCCAGAGCUCAAAUCUUCGAAUUCAUCAGUUAGUACACACAGGAGAGAAGUCUUAUAAAUGUGAAGACUGUGGUAAGGGCUUUACCCAACGCUCAAAUCUUCAAAUUCAUCAGAGAGUGCAUACAGGAGAGAAACCUUAUAAAUGUGACGACUGUGGGAAGGACUUUAGUCACAGCUCAGAUCUUCGCAUUCAUCAGAGAGUCCAUACAGGGGAGAAACCCUAUACUUGUCCUGAAUGUGGGAAGAGCUUCAGUAAGAGUUCAAAGCUUCACACUCAUCAAAGAGUACAUACUGGAGAGAAACCCUACAAAUGUGAAGAGUGUGGCAAGGGAUUCAGUCAGCGUUCACAUCUUCUCAUUCAUCAGAGAGUCCAUACAGGAGAAAAGCCCUAUAAAUGUGAUGAUUGUGGAAAGGGUUUUAGUCACAGUUCUAAUCUUCACAUUCAUCAGAGGGUCCAUACAGGAGAGAAACCUUAUCAAUGUGCUAAGUGUGGUAAAGGUUUCAGUCAUAGCUCAGCUCUUCGAAUUCAUCAAAGAGUCCACGCAGGAGAGAAACCUUAUAAAUGCCAUGAAUAUUAUAAGGGAUUUGAUCAUAAUUCACAUCUCCACAAUAAUCAUAGAAGAGGAAACUUAUAAAUAUUGUUCAUUUAGUUAACAGCUUCAAUCAAAGUUUACCUAACCUUUAAACCCUAAAAUGCUGCUGAUAAGGAAAUCUUAUAAAUAACACAAGUAAUCCCAAGCAACAUUUAUAGUUUCCCCUAUCUCCCACUAAGAAUUAUUUGCUUCAAAAGGAGAUCUUUAGAAAAAUCCCUAUAUAUUUAAAAUUAUUGUGUAUUUUUCUUUACCUACUAUAAAUAUAAUAGUCAUAAAAUAUAUUAAACAUUUAAGGAGAAAACUCUUCAUUCUAUUUCAUUCUAGUCUUUUUUUCUGUGCAUUUUAGUGUGCGUGAAAUUAUAUUGUGUGUUCAACUUUGUAUUUUCACUGACUUCAAAACACUUAAAUUUUGGUUUGAAUUGAAACUGGCUGGCCAUCUGUUAAACAACAUCUCUUAUCUCCCCUAAAAAGUCCCUAGGAAGUAACAGAAAAGAUGGAAACACACAGAACUUAAAACUCAGUUUUGGCCAGUAGAAUUCAGUUGUUUAUGGACACAAGCCACCUAAUAAAAGAUAGGAAAGCAUUGUAUGACCUUGUGUCUGAGACAGUGUUCUCUGAGUUAUCUCUGUCAACCAGAAAACCCAGGGACUGUCCUUCUGUUGCAGGGGUGCUUCACUUUGAGGUGACCACAGUGCACUCUUAUCCCUUCCGUUUCCUGGUUUUCCAUGCUUAAUAAUAGGUUCAGAUACCAAACAACAAGAAGUACAGAAUUUUCUCUAAGUAAGGUGUGAAGGGUAUGGACAAAAGUGCUAGAAAUGGAAGAUACUCUAUUAGUUUGGAAUUGGAGAUCCAAGCAGUAGAAUUUUAUUUAAUCUCAGUAGAACGGAGUGGUAAUAGAGAAAUAUCUGCAAGGACAGCAUUGAACUCAGAAGUCUGUGCAACGAUGAACCCUGAAGCUAAUUAUGUAAGAAGAGAGUUUGGCCAUUAUGUCAGAAUAGUUAAAGUUAAUAGGUAUACACAGUCCUAAUUAUUGAUAUACAAAUAAGUAAUACCAAGAGAAAAAAAAAGUGGGCAUGUUUAGGAAAAUUGGAAUUGCAAUACUGAAGAAAAGAAUAUCAUCCUAAAGACUUGGAAACGUAUUGCCCUGAAAAUUAGCUGCUGCAGGCUUCAGAGGAAAUUUCCAAAAAUGUUGGUGUCCUCAGUGGCAUAACAGAGAACCUGAACUCAAUAAAACUAGAGUAGAAAAACACAAGUAGAGAAGAGUCUCUAAAGUAAAAAGAGAAAUAGGUACAACAAAGAAGGACUUCACGGAGCUCUGAAAUGCUGUAUCAAAAUAAAUGCAAUAAAAAGUACAAUUAACACUGAAGAAUAUAAAAUAAUUGAUAGGUAAUGGAUAAACUUGAUCUGAUCUUAAAUGUAUCUGAAAAGGAUAAUGAGAUGAACACUAAGAAAAGACAGAUAGGAAUAUUAGAGGAUGGAGAUCCAGGGUGAGAAUUAUAGGUUUCUCUAAGGAAGGUGAAAGAACAUUUGGCAUGGAAUCAAUGAUCAAAGACAUUAAGAAACUUUUUCUGAGUUAAAAGUAUACGGUCACUAAAUUUUAGGCAAAACCAGUAUUAAAGCAACCUUAGAAACAGCUUAGAAAGAAGCAAUUAAAAGCAUGCAGAAAGAAAAAUUCUGGUUAUCUGUAAAACCAAAAAGGGAGGGUGGAUACAGACCUCUGCAACGGUAACCCAGAAGGCAAUGGAACAGCACCUUCAGAAUUUUGAGAUUUGGAAAGUUUAUUAUCACCAAACAGUUUUAUAACAAAAGUGUCUUUCAUAUGUUCAGGAAACAAAUAUUUUUGAUAAGCAAGAAAACAGUGUAGCAUACAUGUGCCUUAAAGAGUUUGUGAAUGUGGAAAUCAUGGUAUAAAAGGACUAGUGAUGAGCACUGAAAUCAAUUAAACAUGCAGUUGUCUGAAUAGUUUCCACAACUUCAAAAAAUUAAAUGUGCAAGAAAAUAUAUAAAUGCUGAGUGUAAAAUGUACAAAUGCUGAGUCUGGGUAGGAGAGUAAAGUCAGGAUACCCAGUUCAUAUAAGCAAAGAAUAAUUGUUUUAGUAUAAGGAUGUCCCAAAUAUUGCAUGGGACUUACACUAAAAUUUCAUACAUUUGAAAUUCAAAUUUAACUGGUCAUUUCUGUUUUUAUUUGCUACAUCCAGCAACCGGAGAGAGAGCAUAAGUGCCACAUUUCUGAUCUUAAAUAGCAGGGACUCAUAAUAACAUUUUCUUUUUGACUGACAAUUUAAGAAAAGUCUUUUUUUUCAAACCUAAAAUUACAACUUAAAAAAAUUCAUAUACCUUUCAAAAUGGGAGAAGAUAAAAGCACAAAUUAUUCAGUCUCUAUAGCAAUGACUACCAAAACAAUCCCCAAGAAGAUGGCCUAAAAUAUUAAAAUAAAUGGAUCAAGAUGAUUAAAGCUGAAUGUAUCAAAAUAUAUUCAAUGCUUCAUUUUAAAAUAUUGAAAACACUGGGUUAAACAUUUCUAAUUAUGUGCUAUAACAGAUGAAAAUGCAAUAUUGCUUAAAUGUGAGACCAGGUGAAAGUUUAUUAGACAAACAUAAAGGAGUACCUACAAUAUGUUUUUAAAGGUGUUAAAAAUGCACUAAGUUAAACUCAUUAAGUUGGGUAAAAAUAUAAAAUCAUUAGUUUUCUAAACUCUUGCAUAAUUCAGAAAAUGUAAUGGUCAAAAAAUCUGGUUUUUAAUAAUUUAAAGAGGAACAAAUAAAAAUGCAGCAUGAAAAUAAUAAUAAAGGGGAAAUAUAAAAGAG